GUGACAGAAAUUAAACGAAAUUCAUGAAAAAUUCAAUAGUUUUUUUUUUAAUUACGAUUGAUGAUAAGUAUGCCUACGGAUCCUUCAAAUCCGGGUGCUAGACAAUCAACUAUCUCACCAAUUCAAAGUAAUAAUGACAAUAAUGGCCCACCACCCCCAACACGAAAACGAAGAACCGACCUUAAUAAGACAAGGAAAUUCCAACGAUACAAGUCGACAACAAAUUGAGGAAGAUGGAGAUAUUGAAAUACUACAAAUUUCACCAGAAUCUGUAGAUUCAAACAGUGCUCAACGUUUGCAGAAUUUAGCUUCAAGAUAUAAAUCACGUUAUGAGACGGUUGAAAAUGAGAAAGGGGAAUUAAUUAAAAAUGUAUAUGAAUUACAAAUAAAGUAUGAAGAAUUGCAAAAGAAUUAUAAAGAACUUCAAGGAAGAAUGGAUUCAGAAAAAAGACGUUUACAGCAAAGGGCAAAUGAAUCUGACUUAGAAUCACAAAAUUUAAAGAAACAAUUAAUGGAAUUAAAAGAAGAAGCCUCUAGAUAUCAAAGCGCGCUUGGUAAAGCUACAAACGUAAGGUGGGGAGAUGAUGAUAGUAAUAACCCUGUACAAUUAACAAAAUCUAUUGUAGAAAUUGCUAAUUCAAUUGCCGAAAUUACCACGGUAAAAGGGAAAGAUGUUACAAUCAUCGAUAAUACAGCAAACGAAUUAUUACAAAAAUAUAAUUGUUUGACUAGAGUUAAUAGUGGAAAAAGUUGGAAAUCAAUAUUGGCUGCUGCCUUACAAAGAUUAAUCAUAGAAACUUUAUUUCAAGCUUUAUCUAAUUAUCUCUCUCAAUGUGAUCCAAGAACAAGACCAAAACCAUUAAUUUACAAACAGCAAGUACCAUCACAAUCAUUACAGCAGCAACAACAGCAGCAACAACAGCAGCAACAGCAGCAGCAGCAACAGCCACAACAACCACCACAACAGCAGCAGCAGCAAAAUAACCCUCAACCUUCUAAUGCUCAAACUUCUAAUGCUCAAACACAAGCCCAAUCUGUCAUUGCUGCUGCACGAGAAAAUAUUCAAUCUCUUCCAAAACGUUCUUCUUCUUUAAUUGUUUCUACUAAUAGUAACUCGAUUUUAAGAAACCCUUCAUCCCCGGUUGAUCAUAACAAUAAUUUAGAAGUGGAGAUUUCAUUGACAAUGACAUCAUUAGUUGGAUUGGUUAAUCAUUUAGCUGAAACACGUAAAGGAUCUGAUGAUAUCACAAAAAUCACUCCAAUAAAAAUUCGACAACAAAUUUAUGCUGUAUUGGGUACAAGAGGUUUUUGUAAAGAUAAUCAUCCAUUCAUUGAACAACUUACGACAACGAUACUUGACACUCUUUCCCGUUAUCGUCAAAUGAAUAAAGAAAAAUUGGCCGUCUUGAAAGAGAAUACCACUAAAUUAGUCACGGAAUUUGUACAUUUAUAUUUCAGAUUAAAUGCUCAAGAACCCAUUCCCGACUUUAAAGAUUUCUUUGACGCGGGAACCCCUGUACAAAAUAAUCUUAUGGAAGGUGCUUGGGAUGAUGAUGCAAGUGAUGAUUUGGAAGUAGAAAUUUGUAGUUUUCCAUUGAUUAGUGUAAAGAGUACUAAAGAUAAUAGUAGGAAAGUACUUUCUAAGGCUCAUGUUGUUCCCAGAAAAUCUGGAAAAAAAUAGAUAAUUUGCGAAAGCGUUAUUAUCGGAAUUAUUAUUAAUAAAUUAGUGAUAAGUUUAGUCAAAUAAUAACUUAUUAUGUUUUUGUACUAUUUGUAUAAAUAAUAAAGUUUUCGUACA